AUGGCCCGAGACUACUUUUUAUAUAAAGAUGUAUCCAACGUCGUAGGGUUUUCUUGCGGUGGUCUCGAAAGCAACGUGAAAUUCGCAAGGACAUUCAACGAAGUCUUUGUACUGACAUCGAUGUGCAAUCUCGAAUCCAUGAAUGAAUCAUCGAUGCAUAUUCUUAGGAAGCUUUUACAGAACAACUAUCGUAAUUUAGGCAUUUACGUGGACGCGCGAUGCGAAGGUCACAAUUAUACUGUAAUAUAUUAUGAGGCUACGAAAUCUUUCUUAUUCGACGAAACGCAUAAAUGGCUUAUUUUGGGACGAAAGUUGGACGACACCUUGAGCUUAUUAAAUGAUGAUUCGUUCGGUGUGGUGACCGAUAUUACAAUUGCCAUAGAGACCGAUACCGGUUUUGAUUUAUACGACGUGUAUAAUCCUUGCAAAGCACGCGGUGGCUCCUUGAAUGUAACCGUCUUGGGUUACUGGACCGAAAAAUCUGGUGUGGCGAUCAGACUAAAGCAAUCGAAGUACGAGAGAAGAUUUAACUUGCAUGGUAUGAAACUCAGAGUGGGAGUCUUACUGCCGCGUAAGUUUUACAAUUUAUCCACGGAAGUUAUCGUGCUGAACCAAGACAUGAAGGCGAAAUACGGUCGGUCCCAAUUCUUGUAUACGAUCUUGCUGCACAUGGCUGAUCUCUUUAACUUCACUAUGGAAAUCGUGGAAGUUGAUCCAAGAAAGCGGCAAGAUAAUUCUGCGCCGAUGUUUGUCGCUUUUCAAAAAAAGACGGUGGAUAUCUCGGCCAGUCCAAUAGUGAUGAAAGCUGAUAGAUUACGGUCGGGAGAUAUUAUCGGCCCAGUAUGGCCAAUGCGAUCAUGCUUUUUAUUUCGGACGAUAGCUUCGGCGAACAUGAAGACAAAACAAUUUUUGAAACCGUUAAAUAUCAAAGUUUGGUACGUUGUACUUUGUACGAUAAUAAUUUCUGCGUCCAUAUUGGUAAUACUGAUCAGACAGGAAGGCAUUCACAGUGUGUCAGAGGGCUACAACAUUUGUAUUCUUCUUACAAUAGGCGCUCUUUCCCAACAAGGUUCCGUGUUUGUUCCGGUGCAUUAUGCAGGUCGCAUAGCAUUUAUACAUAUUAUGCUCUUCAGCGUGUUAAUCCUGAACUAUUAUUCGGCGAGUAUCGUGUCUGAUCGAUUAAAGAAUAUGGGUGUGAAGAUGAAUGACUCGUUGAUCAGCUUGGCGGACAGUCAAUUGAAAGUGGCGGCCGAACCAACGCCAUAUAUUCGUUCUUUUUUACAGACACCGGAGAAAGAGAUACGGUAUUUUAACGCGAAACGAUGGGACAAACUACCGGAAUCCAAACGUUAUCUGCCACUAACAGAGGGCCUGAAUCGCGUGGCUAAAGGCGGCUUGGCUUAUCAUACAUCAAUCGAAUCCGCGUAUCCGUACAUUGAGCGGCAUUUCCACCCACGGAUGAUAUGCGAGCUAACGGAGGUUCAUCUCUUUCGUGCGGUGCUCGCCCUUUGGGGUAGGCAUAGGAGCCCGUUCACUCCACUAUUUAGAAUUGGUUUGACUAAAAUGUAUGACAUGGGCAUACGCAAGCGUCAACUGAAAUUCUGGUCGGCGAGAAAACCAUUUUGUCCGAAAAAUAUGCUAAUCGCGGAACCGCUGUCGAUCUAUGAAGCUGCACCCGUUUUUGUGUUUAUUGGCAUCGCCGCCGCGCUGUCUCUCGUAAUCUGCAUAACAGAGAAUCUUGUCUACUGGUUAUGGCCUCGAUUAUCAAUGUCUAUUACCGACAGACAGAGGAAACUGUGUUUUCCGAAAUUCACGAGAAACACAUCUACUUCGGGUGAAAUAUUCUCGCGCGAAUGA